UCAAUUAGCUGCAUUUAAAUAAAAUGACAGAAUCCCAAACAGGAAAGUCCGGUUUUCAGAAGCUUUUAGAGCCACAGCUUCCUCAACUUCCUGGAAUUGCUCCUUAUAGAGUUGUCUUGGGAAAUGUAAAGGAUAAGCUUGAGAGGAGCCGUAGACGGUUAGAACUUCUUCUUGAGGAUGUUGCAUGUGACUACGAUCCUUUGGAUUAUUAUGAAACUGCUGACCAGCUUUUGGAACCUCUGCUUCUCUGCUAUGAAUCUCUGCAAUCAUACGGAUCCGGGGUGCUAGCUGAUGGUCGACUUGCUGAUCUCAUUCGUAGAGUUGCUACCUUUGGAAUGGUUCUAAUGAAGCUUGACUUGCGCCAGGAAUCAGGGAGACAUGCUGACACGCUUGAUGCAAUCACAACGUAUUUGGAUAUGGGUACUUACAGUGAAUGGGAUGAAGAAAAGAAAUUAGAUUUCUUAACUAGAGAGCUGAAAGGGAAGAGGCCACUAGUUCCUGUCAGUAUAGAGGUCCCGGCUGAUGUUAAAGAAGUCUUGGAUACAUUCCAAAUUGCUGCUGAACUAGGGAGUGAUUCACUUGGAGCUUAUGUGAUCUCUAUGGCCUCAAGUGCAAGUGAUGUUCUUGCAGUUGAGCUUUUACAAAAGGAUGCACGGCUCGCUGCUACUGGAGAGUUGGGAAGAGCAUGUCCUGGUGGAACGUUGCGGGUUGUCCCUCUAUUUGAAACCGUGAAGGACCUAAGAGAAGCUGGUUCAGUUAUCCGGAAACUUUUAUCAAUAGACUGGUACCACGAACAUGUCAUUAAGAAUCACAACGAUCAUCAAGAGGUACCUUUUUAAUCCGAGGUGUAUUUG